UUCUUGUGGUCUGUGCAGUGCUUCUUAUUUGUCUAACCAGUGAAUACAUCAUAAAGUUGCCAUAAGCUUGUCAUCCAAGAACUUCUUCAGUCUGACCAAACUUGCAUGACCCACUUGGGAGCUUCAUUCGCUUCCCAUUUCUCCACACGCUCUGCUUUAAUAAGCUCCUCUGUGAUGUGUUCAGCGUCACUGGCACGAUCUUCAGUGCGCUGUGAAGCUUCGCCGCAGCUCUUCGGAUAGACUUGUUUAUUUAGAAGGCAAAUGUGGAUGUGACGUCGCAAAGGAAAGUCGGCCGAGGUGCCGGGAGGUAAAUCCCCUCCAUGUGAGGAGGCGGCACGGGUGUGGAGGCGUGGAGGCUUUUUUUUUUUUUUUCCAUAUUCAAAUCCUUACAAGUCGUAUAAAAGCGGCGAACUCGGAGCAGAAGGCUGAAGGCAGGAAGACAGAUGGAGGGAGGUGAUAGUUGUCUGUGCGCACCCGCUCAGAGGAUGCAGGACUUUGUGAAUGCACUCAAAAACGCGCUGGUGUCCCUGAUGCUGUUGCCCCGCUUUCUGUUGGCUGCGGUGCUGCUGUGGCUUCUGGACUUUGUUUGCAUCCGAAGGAAGGUGCUGGUGAUGCGUGAACGGGAGGAUUCGACUCCAGACGACCCGCCGGUGACCGUGUCAGACUCGAACCGGAUGUUCACGCUGGAGUCACUGCGCGCUGUGUGGUACAGCCAGAAGUUGGACUUCUGUAAAACAGCGCAUCUGGGGCUAGAGGCACCCAACAGCGAGGUUAUGCCGCUCGGCGAACGGAAACGCGCGCGUAUAUUGGACUACGCCCGCGGCGCACGACCGCUCAUCCUUAACUUCGGCAGCUGCUCAUGACCGCCGUUUAUGACGCGCUUGGCCGCGUUCCGGCGCGUUGCCGACCAGUACGCCGAUAUCGCCGACUCGUUGCUUAUAUACAUCGAGGAGGCGCAUCCCUCCGACGGCUGGGUGAGCACGGACGCCCCGUACCAGAUCCCGCGCCACCGGUGUAUAAAGGACAGGAUCCGAGCGGCGCGUCUCAUGAACGCCAUAGUACCAGGCAGUGCCGUGGUCGUGGACACCAUGGACAAUUCCUCCAACACGGCGUACGGUGCUUACUUCGAGCGCCUCUACGUAGUCAAGGACGAGAAGGUGGUUUAUCAGGGAGGCAGAGGACCCGAGGGUUACCGCAUCUCUGAACUGAGGAACUGGCUCGAACAAUAUCGCCAUGAGCUCCAAGGCUCCACACCGGUAGUGGUUCAGGUCUAGAUGUAAAAUAAUAACAAUUAACUAAAUGAAUAUGAAUAAUAAUUAGAUGCCAGUCACUGUGUGUGCCAUGAAGAACCAAGAAAACGGGUGUCCUGGAAGCUGCUAUGAGCUGGAAGCAACACUACACACGUUAACUUCUGUAUUCCAACGCGCAUCUUGGAAGAGUUGUUUGUGUGUGUGUGUGUGUGUGUGUGUGUGUGUGUGUGUGUGUGUGUGUGUGUGUGUGUGUGUGUGUGUUCAGUGAUACAAACCGCAUGAUAAUUGUAUCUGUUUUGCUCUUUAAUAGUUUUGUUGUUGACGGUGUUUUAUGGUUUUCACUUUUUAUUUGGUGAUAUGGAUUAUUCUAUUUUGUUUGCAUGUCGUCUUUGUGUGUGUGUGUGUGUGUGUGUGUGUGUGUGUGUGUGUGUGUGUGUGUGUGUGUGUGUGUGUGUGUGUGUGUGUGUGUGUGUGUGUGUGUGUGUGUGUGUGUGGCCGUAGAACUGUUUUAAUUGUAUUCUGGUGUUGUCAUGAAGUUCGGUUUUUAAAAGGAUUUGAUCCAGAAAACCGAUUCUGAUGUAUUCUGACACUUGAGUACUUGGCAACAGAAGAACGGCCUUUAAUGUAAUUGCCAAACGUUGUUUUGUAAAAUGUGUAUAUUUUAUUGAACAAAUAUUUUUUAAAUAAAUGAUAGAACACAGA